CUUCCUUGCCGCUGAGCGAUGUUUUGAAGGGGAAAUGGGUUCAGAUUUCUUUGAUGGGGACGGAAGGGGGAAGUAAAUAAUCGAAAAGUCUCUAAUAUCGGGCAAUAUACAUAAGCGACUAUCAACCAGCGUCCAUGCCGUUUCCUUGCUCCUGAAAAAAUUCAACUGGAUAACCUCCUGGAUUCGUAAGACUUAAGUUUGAAUUCUGUCCACUCCUGUCUUUGUUAACGUACGGUAACGUAAGUCGUACAGGCAACGUCUGUAAUAAAGUACAGAAUAAAUUACAGUACCAUUGGCAUGAAUAGCUUAACAUUUUAAUGACUUUAUGUUUACUAGGCUUUACUGUUCUGAUACAUUUCUGGCUACCAGGCGAUGGAAAGCAGAGGAUCACAGUCUGGAUUGUGCGAACAAAGGAUAUGUUAACUUGACCGAAACGGAUCAAUGAGUAUAUUAUCAAUAGCGCGUUUUCCAAAAGCGGAAAUACUGGACUUGAUAUCUAGAAGUUGCCAUUAAUGUGGCUAGAGUUAGAAAAUUACACGGAAGAAGAUGGCAGCAACUAAAGGCAAAGCUGGACUAAAUAAUGAAAGCAGUUCUGGUCGGGAUAGUGGCAGGACAGACGCAGGAAGUCCCACGUUAUCCGCAGGGGCCGCAUCCCUGACCAUCAGCAGGACCUACACACUAGAUGACCUGGACACCAUUGCCACUGUUGGUACAGGAACCUUUGGAAGGGUUUUUCUGGUGAAGGAUAAAAAGACAAGAGGUUUUUUUGCUCUGAAGGCGAUGAAAAUCCCAGAUGUAAUUCGUCUGAAACAGGAGCAACACGUGCAUAAUGAAAAAGAGGUUCUGACGGAGGUGAACCAUCCUUUCCUUGUCAGACUGUACUUUACGCACCAACAAUAACGAUCUCUUUACAUACAUAUUGAUUAAGUAAAUGAAUGUCAAAAACUGUUCAGCUAUUUACGCAACCGAGGACGUUUCAGCAACAGCACAGGAAUGUUUUAUUCAGCUGAAAUCGUCUGUGCCAUUGAAUACCUUCACUCCAAAGAAAUUGUCUACAGAGACUUGAAACCAGAGAAUAUACUGCUGGACAGUGAGGGGCACAUUCGAUUGACAGAUUUCGGGUUCGCUAAAAAGCUCUCUGAAAGGACAUGGACUCUAUGUGGUACUCCUGAGUAUUUGGCUCCAGAAGUGAUCCAAAGUAAAGGUCACGGGCGAGCCGUGGACUGGUGGGCUUUGGGUGUUCUCAUCUUUGAAAUGCUUGCAGGGCAUCCACCAUUUUUUGAUGAUAAUCCCUUUGGCAUCUACCAGAAGAUCCUGUCCGGAAAGCUGGAGUUUCCACGGCAUCUGGAUUUCUAUGUAAAGGACCUAAUCAAGAAGUUUCUGGUGAUUGAUCGGGCAAGAAGACUUGGAAACAUGAAGAAUGGAGCUGAUGAUGUGAAGAAGCACAGAUGGUUUAAGUCAGUAGACUGGGAUUCUGUGCCCUGUAAAAAACUCAAGCCACCCAUAGUUCCAAAGGUAUCUCACGAAGGUGACACGUCUAACUUUGACACCUAUCCAGAGGAUGAGUGGAAGAAGGACACACCAGUACCAGCUAAGGAUCUGGAAAUUUUCAAGAACUUCUGAAAAAAAUAUUCUUUUUAAUGAAUAAAAAGACAGGACUGGUAGAAGAUAAUUAUUUAGAGCUGAAGUUUUAACUUAACUGUUCAGGGGAUAUUAAAAGGUCAUAGCUACAUUAUUAUAGGCAUGUCUUGCCUGCUUGUCCCUGAGUCCUGCACACUUGAGAAACAGAGACAGACUUCUUCUGAUCAUCAUUAUUGUCAACAUAAUCAUGGUCAAACAUUUACAGAGGAAACAGUUCAUCACUUCAGCAUCAUCUAUUAAGUGUUGAGGAACUUGAUUCAACACCCUCUAAAUCUCUUAUAUUAUGCAAAAUGUAUGUUUUUAAAGAGUUUAAAUAAGCAAUAUCAAGGUUCUUUUUGCUGGUCAAAACAAUGUCUUCACUUAUGCUUAAAUAUGUAUGGUCAUGGUUGUGUUAUGGCUUUAUAUCUUAAAAAGCUUGCUGAAUUAGAGCUUUAAGCCUGACCAAUUUAGUUUUCUGGUUAUCUGAACUUGCUGUGUUGAUCCUUUCCUCCCACAUGGUAUUACUGUAUAAAUUUCAUAACAGUUUCACACUGCACUCUCGAGCAGGCGUGUAAACAAAGCAAAAGCGUAUAUGCGACAUUAUGCUUUUAUACUUGCAGCUUUUUUCCGGCAUAACAACAUAGCCAGUCUAUACAAAAAAAUGCAUUGACGAUGUAAAUGAAACCAAUGCAUUUUAAAAUGGUAAUUUUUUGAAAUAAUUAAGACUACAAAAUGUGUAGUCUGAAAUGUAAUUUACAUGUAGGCCAUGUUUCAAUCCAAAAUGUCAUUAAUCUACAGAACCCAAAUUUCAAACUAUAGCGAUGACUUCGAUUCAGUCAUAUUUACUAAAUAGAAAGGGCUGCUGUGUGUGUGUGUGUGUGUGUGUGUGUGUGUGUGUGUGUGUGUGUGUGUGUGUGUGUGUGUGUGAUAAUUCACUCCUGUUUUUUAUUUGUACACUGUAACCUUUUGAUGUUGUAUGUAAACCCAUCAGAAGAAAAAAAAGGCUUUGGCAAAUUAUAAAAGUUAUAAUUAUGAGGGGGAAAGGGUGAAAUUAUGAGUUAAAAAGCUAGAAUUAUGAGAUAAGUUGUUAAAUUUUGUUUCUCAUUGUGACUUUAUAUCUCAGUUUUGACUUUGAUGACAUAAAUUAUAACAAAAGUCAUGAUGGAAUUCUGAAAUAAUUUGUCUUAAUUGAUUUUUUUUUUUAUAAAGUCCCCCCCCCCCCCCCCAAUAGUCGCAAUUAUAAUUUUGAAAUAAAAAAAGUUGUGAUUAAAGUUGUGUAAAGUAAGUGAUUAUAAUUGGAAAUUGAGAUUAAAAAGUCAUGACUGUGUUUCAACUUGUGUCAUGACAUUUGAUCUCAUAAUAUGAGAUUUUCGACUUUUGUCAUUAUUUAAAACUUGUUGUCAUUUGUAUUUUUAUUACUACUUUUAUCUCAUAAUUAUAUCUCGUUACAGUUUCUUUGUCAUAAUUUCAACCUUUUAUUUCAUAAUUAUGACUUGCUCAAGUAAUAAUGUAGACACUUUGUCAUGAUUUUUUUUACCAAAGCUUUCAUACAUAUGAGUCCCAAAAUAAAUGCACAGGAGUCAUCUACAGUGUGAAACUACUGUGCUGCUUUUUAAUUAUUUUUCUAAGUAUACAUACAUUAGACGGAUGUGUUUGACCAUUGCGCUGUGUCUAGCUUAUUUUUACUUUUGCAUCAGCGCUACAUUAAAGCAAGUUAAAAAAAAAAACUUGCUUUCCAUUCAGCUUGCCUUACUGUCCAUUCAUCAGUGUUCAUCAGUGUUGCGGCCCUGCAGUUAGAUACUAUUGUGCAGCAUCUUAAGUUGACCACAGAAGUGCAGUUUGUGUGAACGGCCCCACAUUCCUGCCAGGAUGUCAGACUAAGAAUAGCAGGUGAAGUAGAGGCAGUAGCACUUGUCUAACCUCACAAACCUGUAGGUAACUAAUAAAUUAACAUUAUGAGAUGCCUGUUCACAUACUUUGGCUGUUGUGCUUGAUGUUCUGUAUGUGUUUACUAAUUGGUUAAGUGCAUAAACAAUUUAAUACCCAGGUGUUUUCUAAAGUUGCCUUUCAUAGUUAUGGGGGUGAAUUUAGCAAACACAGUUUACAUUGUCUCGUAAUGCUACUUAAUAUAUGUUUGGCAUUUAAAAGCCUUGCAUAAUGGGAAGAGAAUUGACUAUGGUGUGAAAUGCUUUAGAAAUGUAGCUACUGUGUGUAUGUUCAUCAAAACAAUUCUUCCUGUUUCUGGACUUCCAUAGUUUUUCUUAACUGCUUUUGUCUGAAGCAGUAAUAUAUCAUUGUAAAGUGUACUGAAUAUCAUUUCUUGAAUUGACUGUUCUUUUUAAAUUGCAAAUGCAGUUUUAUACUAAGGAAACCAACUUGCAGAUUUCAUAUGGACUUGACAGCUGUUACCAUCUUGUGGAUUAUUAUUACUUUUUUUAUGUUUGUUUGUCAUUGUUUCCUGUGUGAAUAAUUUUGCUGUAUUCUAUUUUCUUUUUUUACACUUGUUUGAGGGGGAAAAAUUGUAAUUUAUAUUGUUUGCAACAGCAAAAGCUAAAAUGAAGUUCUAUGAACUUAAAAAUUGACACAAACCAAGCAUAGGAUUUUAUACUGGUUUUUAAUCACACUUUUUUUUUUAGUUUAUCGGUACAUUCAUUUUAUUGCCUUCUGAACAUUAUUGUGUAUUUAAGAUGGUACAAGUGCAAUAUUACCUGCAACCGAGCUGUUAUAAAAACUUGAGAAAUUCUGCAAAUUCUAUAUCCAUGAAAAUAAACUGAACUUUUCAUGUGG